CCGGCGCCGCCUCCUUCCCUCCCGGCUCCGCGCUCUCGCGGCCGCCGUCGCCCCGGGAAAGGAGAGACGGGGGUGGGGUUUGCGGGUAGUGAAAGAGGAGGGGAGAGACCCCGGCCGGCUGGAGCCCGGAUUCCUAGGGAAGAAGGACGGGGGGAGGGGAAGCUGGAGGACCGGGAGGGAGAACGGGGAGCAGCGGCCGGGCCUGGGGCCUUGAGGCCCGGGGACAGCCGGGAAGCGGGACCCGGCGCCGAGCCGGUGCGGCUCCGCCCCCGCCUCCUCCGCGGGGCGCCCUCCGCGUCCCGAGCCGGGCGGUCGGAGCCUGGGAGGCGCGCCGAGCCAGGGCUGUCCGUCGGCUGGUCCAGGCCGCUGCCGGCGGGCUCCGCCGUGCUCUCACGGCCGCCUUUUCCUCAGAUGCUGCUGCUGCUGCUGCUGCUGCCUCUCUUCCUCCGCCCCCUGGGCGCAGGCGGGGCGCAGACCCCCAACGCCACCUCGGAAGGUUGCCAGAUCAUACACCCGCCCUGGGAAGGGGGCAUCAGGUACCGCGGCCUGACUCGCGACCAGGUGAAGGCCAUCAACUUCCUGCCGGUGGACUAUGAGAUUGAGUAUGUGUGCCGGGGGGAACGCGAGGUGGUGGGGCCAAAGGUGCGCAAGUGCCUGGCCAACGGCUCCUGGACGGAUAUGGACACACCCAGCCGCUGUGUCCGAAUCUGCUCCAAGUCUUAUUUGACCCUGGAAAAUGGGAAGGUUUUCCUGACGGGUGGGGACCUCCCAGCUCUGGAUGGAGCCCGGGUGGAUUUUCGAUGUGAUCCUGACUUCCAUCUGGUGGGCAGCUCCCGGAGCAUCUGUAGUCAGGGCCAGUGGAGCACCCCCAAGCCCCACUGCCAGGUGAAUCGAACGCCACACUCAGAACGGCGUGCAGUGUACAUCGGGGCGCUGUUUCCCAUGAGCGGGGGCUGGCCGGGGGGCCAGGCCUGCCAGCCCGCGGUGGAGAUGGCGCUGGAGGACGUUAACAGCCGCAGGGACAUCUUGCCGGACUACGAGCUCAAGCUUAUCCACCACGACAGCAAGUGUGACCCAGGGCAAGCCACCAAGUACUUGUACGAACUGCUCUACAAUGACCCUAUCAAGAUCAUCCUCAUGCCUGGCUGCAGUUCUGUCUCCACACUUGUGGCCGAGGCUGCCCGGAUGUGGAACCUUAUUGUGCUCUCAUACGGCUCCAGCUCACCAGCCCUGUCAAACCGACAGCGUUUUCCAACGUUCUUCCGAACACAUCCAUCCGCCACACUCCACAAUCCCACCCGGGUGAAACUCUUUGAAAAGUGGGGCUGGAAGAAGAUUGCCACCAUCCAGCAGACAACAGAGGUGUUCACCUCAACGCUGGAUGAUCUAGAGGAGCGAGUGAAAGAGGCUGGAAUUGAGAUCACCUUCCGCCAGAGUUUCUUCUCAGAUCCAGCUGUGCCUGUUAAAAACCUGAAGCGUCAAGAUGCUCGAAUCAUCGUGGGACUUUUCUAUGAGACCGAAGCCCGCAAAGUUUUUUGUGAGGUCUAUAAGGAGCGGCUCUUCGGGAAGAAGUAUGUCUGGUUCCUCAUUGGGUGGUAUGCUGACAAUUGGUUCAAGAUCUAUGACCCGUCAAUCAAUUGUACAGUGGAUGAGAUGACUGAGGCGGUGGAGGGCCAUAUCACCACUGAGAUUGUCAUGCUGAACCCUGCCAACACCCGAAGCAUUUCCAACAUGACAUCCCAAGAGUUUGUGGAGAAGCUAACCAAGAGGCUGAAAAGACACCCCGAGGAGACUGGAGGCUUCCAGGAGGCGCCACUGGCCUAUGAUGCUAUCUGGGCCUUGGCUUUGGCCUUGAACAAGACCUCUGGAGGAGGCGGCCGUUCCGGUGUGCGCUUGGAGGAUUUCAACUACAACAACCAGACCAUUACAGACCAAAUCUACCGGGCCAUGAACUCCUCGUCCUUUGAGGGUGUUUCUGGCCAUGUGGUCUUUGAUGCCAGUGGCUCCCGGAUGGCGUGGACACUUAUUGAGCAGCUACAGGGUGGCAGCUACAAGAAGAUUGGCUACUAUGACAGCACCAAGGAUGACCUUUCCUGGUCCAAAACAGAUAAGUGGAUCGGAGGGGCUCCCCCAGCUGACCAGACCUUGGUCAUCAAGACAUUCCGUUUCCUGUCACAGAAACUCUUUAUCUCCGUCUCAGUUCUCUCCAGCCUGGGCAUUGUUCUUGCUGUUGUCUGUCUGUCCUUUAACAUCUACAACUCCCACGUUCGUUAUAUCCAGAACUCCCAGCCCAACCUGAACAAUCUGACUGCCGUGGGCUGCUCACUGGCACUAGCUGCUGUCUUCCCCCUUGGGCUGGAUGGUUACCACAUAGGGGAAGACCAGUUCCUGUUUGUCUGCCAGGCCCGCCUUUGGCUCUUGGGCUUGGGCUUUAGUCUGGGCUAUGGCUCUAUGUUCACCAAGAUCUGGUGGGUCCACACAGUCUUCACAAAGAAGGAGGAGAAGAAGGAAUGGAGGAAGACCCUAGAGCCCUGGAAACUGUAUGCCACGGUAGGCCUGCUGGUGGGCAUGGAUGUCCUUACUCUUGCCAUCUGGCAGAUUGUGGACCCCUUGCACCGCACCAUCGAGACUUUUGCCAAGGAGGAACCAAAGGAAGACAUUGAUGUCUCCAUCCUGCCCCAGCUGGAGCACUGCAGCUCCAAGAAGAUGAAUACAUGGCUUGGCAUUUUCUAUGGUUACAAGGGGCUGCUGCUGCUACUGGGAAUCUUUCUUGCCUAUGAGACCAAAAGUGUUUCCACCGAAAAGAUCAACGACCACAGGGCUGUGGGCAUGGCUAUCUACAACGUUGCGGUCCUGUGUCUCAUCACUGCUCCUGUCACCAUGAUUCUUUCCAGCCAGCAGGACGCAGCCUUUGCCUUUGCCUCUCUGGCCAUCGUGUUCUCUUCCUACAUUACUCUGGUUGUGCUCUUUGUGCCCAAGAUGCGCAGGUUGAUCACCCGAGGAGAAUGGCAGUCUGAAGCACAGGACACCAUGAAGACAGGGUCAUCCACCAACAACAACGAGGAAGAGAAGUCCAGGCUGUUGGAGAAAGAGAACCGUGAAUUGGAAAAGAUCAUUGCUGAGAAAGAGGAGCGUGUCUCUGAACUGCGCCAUCAGCUCCAGUCUCGGCAGCAGCUCCGCUCACGGCGCCAUCCCCCAACACCCCCGGACCCCUCUGGGGGCCUUCCCAGGGGACCCUCGGAGCCCCCUGACCGACUUAGCUGUGAUGGGAGUCGAGUGCAUUUGCUUUACAAGUGAGGGGGUGUCAAGAAGGAUAAGACCAGCAGGGGAGGGAAGGGUGUGGGAAGAGGGUGGGGACUGGGAGGAGGGCAAGGACUCCUAUCUCCAACUGGGAGAAAUGCUCCAACCCCCCUCUUAUAAAUAUAUGUCACUCUGUGCAUCUGGGGUUAUUUGGGUCUCCAGUACUCUGGGAAACAGACUGUUUUCUCUCUUGUUCAUUCAUAUUGUUUUGUAUCACUGCUUCACAGCUUAGUUCAAACCCCAUUUGAAGCUAUUCACUCGUAACCCCAGAGGGGCAGCUGACCAUACUUUUCUCCCACAGCCUAUCUUGUAUAGUUACCACGGAAACUCCUGCAAUUUUAGCAGCAGGGGUCUCCCCACAAGUGUUCUUCCCACUCUAGCAGGAUCCUCUCUGUUUCUCAGCAUCAGAAUCUCCUUCCAUUGCCCUUGUCCUACCCAUCCCUGUGUGUUCCUCUCCUUAAGUGUUGUUUCUUCCAGGGGAUUCAUGCCCAUCUAGGCCCACAUGCUCUUUACCUCUUUGCUCUGUGUGCUCCUGAUUCCCAACACACAUACCCCAUCCUCCAAGUGCAUUUUUUCGGAGUGCUUUCCCAUGCCGCCAUGUGCUCUCUGAAUACCCUGCAUCUGUGAGUGCACAGUGGUUAUGGGUGUGUGCUGUGGUGUACUUGGGUAGGUGUGUGUGAUGUGCUGAGCACACUAAGCUGUCUUCCUCAUGUACAUGCCAUGUCUUUCUGUGUUUUCCUAUGUGAAUCAUUAUGUUGUAUAUUUACUGCAGUGCAUUUUCACAUCAUUGUGUGUUUUGUGUACGUGUGUGUGUUUCCCUGGCUGGCUUCAUGGCAGUCUUCCUGUCUCACUCAGCUUUCUGAGUGUUUGGAUUACAGUUGUCUUUUUCCAACAGAGCCAUGUGAACCCACCAUGCACAUAGUUAAGCAUGUCUUCCUCAGUUCGUGUGUUCUAGGCCAUCCGUACCCUCUCCUUGGCAUAACGUUUCCCCUCAGAUGUUCCCUGGAUUCUUUGCUCUCAUGUGUACCUCUCUUAGUCGGUACUCACAAUCAUCUCUCAAGACUGUAUCUUAGUUUUCUUUUCUUUAUUAUUAGCAUUAUCAUUUUUUUUUUCAGAACUAAGGGAAAAGAAAUGGGUACAGGUUGGAGGCUCUUUCCAGUGGAUAGUAGGUCCACAUCCUAACCAUACAAAGCAUGGACAGAUGGACUGAUGGGGCGGGAGGCAAUGUCCCUUUGACACUGUGGUGUCUCUUGGGGGAAGGAGCUCCCUGAAUCUCAAUAAACCAGUGAACAGUGUGACUCAGCACCUCACCCUUCAUCCUGUGAACUGAGUGGGCUCCAGGCCAGGAAGGGAGAAGCCCAGGCUCUCAGGCUUGGAGUUAAUGAAAAGGCUUUGAAGUGGAGAGAUGCAAAGAGAUAUGUGAUUGAUCCAUGCAGAAUUUAGUAGUGCAAAGCAGGACAAGAUUAAGUCCCUGAUUAGUGAGUGAUGACAUUGGUGGUUAAAAGUGUGGGCUCUGGAGUCAGAUGCCAGCGUGCACCACAUGCAGAAAUGUCUCCAAUCCCUGUUCUCCACUUUUGGGAAUCUGGUAAUAACGGCAAUGAUGAUGCAUUUCUCAGUGGAGUGCAUACAAGAACUAGGCUAAUUAUGCAUUCCAUUGUCUGGAUCUGCUUGGGCCAUGGUAGCCUCGGUUACAGCUGCUUCCUGGAUUCCCUGACAGUGGUGGCCAUGAUCUGAGCCUGGAGCUGCUGGCUGAGCAGAUGUGAGGAGUCUCCUCAGAAAGGAAGAAUCACAAGUCAACAAUGACUGCCGGGCUCUGGAUAGGUGCCUCCAAACUUAAAAAUCAUUAUCUAAGGAACUCUUGAGUACCUUGGGAAGAUUUUUUUUUUUUUUUUUAAUCAAGAUGAAAGUUUGAAAAGCCAGAAGAAAAAAACCCAGAAUUCUUAUAAUUCUUAGUGUCCUUUUGGCUUUUUUGAAGCUUUUUCAUGUUGUGCUUUGUUGUUGUUGUUGUUGUUGUUUGUUUGUUUUGUUUUCAGAUGAUGGUUCUUCCUCCCCAGCUCUGCGUGAAAGCUACAAGGGUUGGAUCUGCUCUGUCAUUUCACUGUCCUGUUGAUGGCAGGUUAAAUCUUAGGCCCCCUUUGAAAACAACCUAUAGUGAUUAUCCACCUAGGACCAAUUGGAUUUAAUUUGAGUUUCCCUUCUUCCUGCAGUGGAGUUUUCUCAGAGAAAGGAGAGGAGGCCUGUGGAGGAGAGAAACCUGCAGUGUAGAAAUUAACAGUUGGCUUCAGAAACUAUAGCCCAAGGCACAGACCAGCCCUGUGCAGACUGAAAUUACCCCUCUCAAACCUGCAUUGCACAUAGGUGAAUAGUAAGAAAAUCAAGGGUCGGAAGUUCCACUGUAGGCAAGAGAGAGGCAGGAAGCCAGCCAAAUAGCAGAGCUCGCAGAGUGCUUGGUGCAGAGGUCGGAGGGAGCUCAGGCAGCACCUGUUCCUGUGCUCAGUGGGGCAGGCGGCACCUCCAUCUUCGCCUCAGUCAGGUACACCCUGCACCCCAGACUACCUGCUAGGCCUCAGUGCCCUGUUACAUACCUGUGGUCUUUUCUCAUCUCUGCCCUAACCCUAAUCACUAGAACUUUCUGUGAGUACUUACUGCUAUAUGACUGUUAUCUUUGUAAUUCUUUUAAGAUAAAGUUUCAUCUCUAUAGCCCAUGUUGGGCCUCACCCUCA